UGGGGCUCGCCAUUAGCCGUCGCUCCGCUUCGCCAUCUCGGGCUUUGUCUGGCGACUGGCUGCCCCGGCGUCGGCUGCAGCGGAGCUGCGGCUCGGCUCUUCGGCCCGCCGCGCCCCCAGGUGCCCCCGGCCUGCGCUCCCAUCCACACGCUUGGGUGAGGUGGCUUUGACCCUGGGUUGCCCGGCCAGCACGACCGAAGAGGUGGCUGGACAGCAGGAGGAUGAACGGAGAAGCUGACUGUCCCACAGACCUGGAAAUGGCCGCCCCCAAAGGCCAAGACCGCUGGUCCCAGGAAGAUAUGCUGACUUUGCUGGAAUGCAUGAAGAACAACAUUCCAUCCAAUGACAGCUCCAAGUUCAAAACCACCGAAUCACAUAUGGACUGGGAAAAAGUAGCAUUUAAAGAUUUUUCUGGAGACAUGUGCAAGCUCAAAUGGGUGGAACUUUCUAAUGAGGUGAGGAAGUUCCGUACAUUGACAGAAUUGAUCGUGGAUGCUCAGGAACAUGUUAAAAAUCCUUACAAAGGCAAAAAACUCAAGAAACACCCAGACUUCCCAAAGAAGCCCUUGACUCCUUAUUUCCGCUUCUUCAUGGAGAAGCGGGCCAAGUAUGCGAAACUCCACCCUGAGAUGAGCAACCUGGACCUAACCAAGAUUCUGUCCAAGAAAUACAAGGAGCUUCCGGAGAAGAAGAAGAUGAAAUAUAUUCAGGACUUCCAGAGGGAGAAACAGGAGUUCGAGCGAAACCUGGCCCGAUUCAGAGAGGAUCACCCUGACUUAAUUCAGAACGCCAAGAAGUCGGACAUCCCUGAGAAGCCCAAAACCCCCCAGCAGCUGUGGUACACUCAUGAGAAGAAGGUGUAUCUCAAAGUUCGGCCAGAUGCCACUACGAAGGAGGUGAAGGACUCCCUGGGGAAGCAGUGGUCUCAGCUCUCGGACAAAAAGAGGCUGAAAUGGAUUCAUAAGGCCCUGGAGCAGCGGAAGGAGUACGAGGAGAUAAUGCGGGACUAUAUCCAGAAGCACCCCGAGCUGAACAUCAGCGAGGAGGGCAUCACCAAGUCCACCCUCACCAAGGCUGAACGCCAGCUCAAGGAUAAGUUUGACGGGCGACCCACCAAGCCACCUCCGAACAGCUACUCGCUGUACUGCGCAGAGCUCAUGGCCAACAUGAAGGACGUGCCCAGCACGGAGCGCAUGGUGCUGUGCAGCCAGCAGUGGAAACUGCUCUCCCAGAAAGAGAAGGACGCCUACCACAAGAAGUGCGACCAGAAAAAGAAAGAUUACGAGGUGGAACUGCUCCGUUUUCUCGAGAGCCUGCCUGAGGAGGAGCAGCAGCGGGUCCUGGGGGAGGAGAAGAUGCUGAACAUCAACAAGAAGCAAGCCACCAGCCCGGCCUCUAAGAAGCCAGCCCAGGAAGGGAGCAAGGGCGGCUCGGAGAAGCCUAAGCGGCCCGUGUCGGCCAUGUUCAUCUUCUCUGAGGAGAAGCGGCGGCAGCUGCAGGAGGAGCGGCCUGAGCUCUCGGAGAGCGAGCUGACCCGCCUGCUGGCCCGAAUGUGGAACGACUUGUCCGAGAAGAAGAAGGCCAAGUACAAGGCCCGAGAGGCGGCGCUGAAGGCGCAGUCGGAGAGGAAGCCUGGCGGGGAGCGCGAGGAACGUGGCAAGCUGCCCGAGUCGCCCAAGAGAGCCGAGGAGAUCUGGCAGCAGAGCGUCAUCGGCGACUACCUGGCCCGCUUCAAGAAUGACCGGGUGAAAGCCUUAAAAGCCAUGGAGAUGACCUGGAAUAACAUGGAGAAAAAGGAGAAACUAAUGUGGAUUAAGAAGGCAGCUGAAGACCAAAAGCGAUAUGAGAGAGAGCUGAGUGAGAUGCGGGCACCUCCGGCUGCUACAAACUCUUCGAAGAAGAUGAAGUUUCAGGGAGAACCCAAGAAGCCUCCCAUGAACGGUUACCAGAAGUUCUCCCAGGAGCUCUUGUCCAACGGGGAGCUGAACCACCUGCCACUGAAGGAGCGCAUGGUGGAGAUCGGCAGCCGCUGGCAGCGCAUCUCUCAGAGCCAGAAGGAGCACUACAAAAAGCUGGCGGAGGAGCAACAAAAGCAGUACAAGGUGCACCUGGACCUCUGGGUCAAGAGUCUGUCUCCCCAGGACCGUGCAGCAUACAAAGAGUACAUCUCCAAUAAACGUAAGAGUAUGACCAAGUUGCGAGGCCCGAACCCCAAGUCCAGUCGGACUACCCUGCAGUCCAAGUCGGAGUCUGAGGAGGAUGAUGAAGAGGAUGAGGAUGAUGAGGAUGAGGAUGAAGAAGAGGAAGAUGAUGAGAAUGGGGACUCCUCUGAGGAUGGCGGGGACUCCUCCGAGUCUAGCAGCGAGGACGAGAGCGAGGAUGGGGAUGAGAAUGAGGAGGAUGACGAGGAUGAGGAUGAUGACGAGGACGAUGAUGAGGAUGAAGACAAUGAGUCCGAGGGCAGCAGCUCCAGCUCCUCCUCUUCAGGGGACUCCUCAGACUCUGACUCCAACUGAGGCUCAGCCCACCCAGGGCAGGCAGGGAGAGCCCAGGAGCUCCCCUCCCCAACUGACCACCUUUGUUUCUCCCCCAUGUUUUGUCCCCUGCCCCCUGGCCUCCCCCACUUUCUUUCUUUCUUUUUUUUUUUAAAAAACAAAAUACGGUGGGGGUAGGGAGCUGGAAGAGCCCAGGCCAGGACUCUACAGCCUCAAGAGACAUCAACCCUGGGGAGGUCCUCCAGGGAGAGCAUCCAUCAGACUGAGCCAGCACUGGACCGGACCGGCCCACCCCACCCACUUCUGCACUUGCGGUUCCGGCAUGGACAAUGGACCGGGGAGUGGGGGUGGGAGGUCCCAAUGAGUUCAAGGAGGCCCUCCACACCUGCAGUCCAACCCAAAGUGGGGUGGAAGCUUGGGGACAACCCCUUCCUUCCCAGAGGGGCUUGCCACCUGGACCCCUGCAUUGGAACUGAAGGCAGGGAACAUGUGGGAAGAGGAGGGCAGGUGCCUUUGAGAAAACAGGCACUGCCCUGAUGGCCCUCUCCCCUGCCCCCUGCAGGAAGGAGCUGCCUGGACCCACUCAUGGGGGAGGGGGCAGAAGUGUUUUUUAUAUAUGUGUAUAUAUAUUUUUUUUUUAAGCUCUGAGCUGUCAACGAGACGUUUCCUACCGAU